AUGACUACUGUUGGUGGCGCUUCCUUCUCGUACUUUAGAGCAGGCUUGAUCGUUGUGGCCGUGUUGAUAACUCCAGCAUGCUUGAGCCAUUGGUUUGCCGACGACGCCGGAUUGCCCAUGUUUACAGAUGGGAAGAAAAACAAGGAUAACAUUGAUGCUGCACAUCUCCAUCUGUGUGCCCUUUUGGCUGCUGCCGAAUUGUGCUUGUACGCUUUGAUGAUUCUUUUGUCUUGUUCUGAGGCCAAAGACCUAGUGGCUCUCACGUACUUGGUGUACAUGGUGCUUGCAACUAUCCUUCAGUUCACCCAUCCCAUUACUGGAGAGGCUCCCGGCAUUUUUGAAAUGCCAAUUGCCCCUUCUUUAUGCUAUGCAGGGUCUCGUGUUUGGGGGUUAUAUGAUGGACAAGUACACACAGAAGGAUGA